AUGAUGGAAUCGAGCAAUACAACGAAUGAUCAACAAACACCACCUGUAUUACCGAUGAAUAAUAGUAGCAGUCGUCGGAAACAAAGCAAACCAAAUCGACUUGAACAUGUUGUACUGGAAUCGACACCUGCUUGUGAGCUUCUGAAUAAUUCCUCCGCAAUUCUUCCACCUUUAACGCAAUACCAUGUCGCGGCUGAACAGCAGGAAAGUGGACUUGUCGACGAUGAUUCCGAUCGUGUUAGUUUGAAUUGUGAAGAUGGAUCAUUGUCAUCACAUUCGUUAGGUGAACACUAUGCCAUGGAAGAUAUUCUCAAUCGUUCGCGGCGCCCAUCGCAUCAACCAGUCAAUCGAACAAAUGAAAAGCCAGAACGCAUGUCGAUCGAAGAGAACGAACAAGAAGAACAUCGUGGAGCGAUCAAUGCGUUGGAUUUUAGUUUAAAACUAGAUGGAACGAACAAACUGCCGAUAAAUCGUUCACGGACGAUGAGUUCCACGGGCAAAGUACGUGCGUUGAAACGAAAGUAUCAUAAUGGAGUAACUGAUAAUGGAACAGCAGCGAUACCAACAAGGAUAUUUCAUGCGGAUGCAUUUUGUACAAUUUGUCGAAAGGAAUUUUGUAACAAAUAUUUCUUAAAAACUCAUUUGGCUAAUAAACAUGGAAUAUUUGAUCAACAAUCUGUUGUUCCAUCGAUAUCAACUCAAGGAACAAAUGAUUCAGCCACUGAUUCAAAUCUUCAACAUCCAUUUACCGUUAUCUCCACAUUAUUAACUAAUAGUCACGAAGAUUUUUCGUCGUCACCAUCAUCUGAUCUGCUAGCGAAUCAUUCAACUAAUGAUGAUGAAAAUGAAACUGAACUUAGUUCAUUACAACAUGAAAUGAAUGGUGUUAUAGCCGGUGAUGAUGAUAAUGAUAAUCAUCAUCAAACUGAUGACGACGAUGAUGAUGAACAAGAUGGACUCAAUUCGAAUCUUCCACAAAAACUUUUAUCAAAUGAUAAUUUAAUUUCAAAUCCUGAUAACACAACUGAUGAUGAUGAACACGACACAGUUAACCAUUCGCCAGCGAAUAGUUUAGACUACCAACAACAAGCAUCAUCAUCAACAACAGCUUCACAAUUGGCGAACUUACCGCUAACUCCAUCGUCGACAAUAACGAAUUUAUCACGACAAUCUUCAGCGAAAUUACCCGAAGAUUUUUGUGAUAUCUGUCAAAAACAUUUCUGUAACAAAUAUUACCUACGUAAACAUCGAUUAGACGUACAUGGAGUUCAAACGGAUUCGAACAUCAAACCCUACAAACGUAUCGAUAGCAAUUCAUUAUCAACAAAACAAUCACCACCAUCAACAACACAGUUGUCAUCCUCGUUUCCGAAUGUGGCAUUCAGUCCAUCAUCUGUCCAACAGAGUCUGGGAAUGUUACUCAAUCCGAUCUUUUCGCCUCUCGUUCAAUCUCAAACGAGCAAUUCAGAACAAAGUUUAUUAUCAUCGACCAAACGUCGUCAUACAGACAGCUCAACUGAUUCAUCGAAAGCACAAUUUCCACCAUCGUUAUUAACUGUUGCGUCAGAUGUGGCCAAUGCGUUUGCCAGUCAAUUAACAAGUUCUUCGACAUCAACGAAAUCUCAUAUCAGUACAUGUCAUCUUUGUGGAAAGAAGUUUCAAAAUAGUGACUAUUUACAAUUACAUCUUUUGAAUAAACAUCAAAUCACAUCUGAUAUACAAAACCUCGAUAUUCAACAACGAACGAAACUAUCGAAUCUGAUCAAUUCCACCAACGGUUCGAUGAAUAGUAGUACGGUUAAGAAGAUUAAAUUAGAAACUAGUGAAGCACCUGCGACUGGAAUUCAAACAUCAUCAUCAUCGUCGAUUGAUUCGAUUUCAUCACCAAAUCCAUCAACAUCAAUGCCAGGAAUUGUCGAUACGUAUUUCGCAGCAAAAAUGGCCGAUCGAGUGUCAUGUGAUAUCUGUCAUAAGCAAGUGUGUAAUAAAUAUUUUCUUAAAACACACAAGCUUAAGGUUCAUGGCGUGGCAUCCGAUUCACUUCAUACCUCGUCAUCUUCCUUACCGGUCAACAACUCCGAAGCGCUCGAAGACAAUUCCGACCAGCAGCAUUCACGUUCCUCGAUUGACGGCAGCCCACCUCAACUUGUUGUUGACGAAAUGAAUACGAAUACUGCCGAGCCGGGCGUUAUACCAAGUCCAGAUGCUUUAACCGCGUCUGUUAAUACAUAUAUUUGUGCAACUACAAAUCAUGAUAUGAUUGACCCAUCAUCAACAAGUGUUUGUGACAUUUGUUCAAAAUCAUUUCCGACGAAGUUUUUUCAUGUUCAUAUGAACAACGCACACGGAAUUCAACAGCAACCGAUCUUAUCUACAAAUGGUUCAGCAUUAAAUAGCAAAAAUCAGUUGAUUGUGAAUGCAGCUAAACGACCGCUGACGAACGGAAACAAUACCGUUCGGUUGAAACAAACACCGCAAGUUCAACUACGCGUCACAUGUCAAGUCUGCAAAAAGGAAUUGUGUAAUAAAUACUUUCUUCGUGCACAUAUGCGUAAUGUUCAUAAUAUCUCAGUCGAUGAUUUACGUUUAACUCAACAACAAUCGAACACGUCGAAUUCUACACCUCAAUUAUCUCCAUUAUCAGAUCUUCAAUCAUCGAAGUCAACAUAUUCACUAUCUUCAAAUAUUUUAUCUACAUCUACAACAGCAAUUCCAACAGAUCUAAAUAAUUCAGUAACCAAACUCAUACGUUCAUCAUCGAAUGACAAUGAUCUCAAUGGUCAUUUAACCGAUAGUGAUGAAUCUGAAAAUCUACAUUUAACAACAACAACAAGCAAGAUGCUCACCAACGACAACAAUAAUAAUAAUAAUCUUCUAUCUAUGCAACCAUUCUUAGUAGAAAGUGAUGAUGAUCUCUACAAAGAUCUAUUUGUACCAUGUAUGGUUUAUUUACCCUGUCGACAUCGAGUAACCAAACCAUUAGAAGUUUCACUGCGUCUGAAACCUGUGGAUAAUACAACAUCAUCAUCGUCAACAACAACAACAACGACACCAACGGCAACAGCUACAAUAGCUGAUUAA